GCCAGAGGUCAGCAUUGGACGGCAGAGGGAGCUGGUUGCGUGCAGUCCAUAAUCAGGAGCAUCUCAGGCUGUGUUCUAGCUUUAACAGAUAUCCAGUUAAUUUUACGCUUUCGUUGAAUGUAUUUCAGCCGCUCUUUGUGGAUGUUUCAUGUGAGGAGGAGUUGCCUGCGAUGCGUUACCCACCGUGGUGGUUUUGGGAUGCGCAGUGCGCUGCUGGCUCCUGCUGCUGCUGCUGCAGUGUAAACAAGACUGUCCGAGCCUGCUGAGCCGCGGAUCACCACGCACUCGCUGACAGCUGUUUGAAAGACUACACCGUGUUUGUCUGGGAACGUGGUUUCCUCCCGUUCUCCCGAAACCCGACCUAACGAGCGCUCUUCAGGGAUUUUUCUGCGCUUUUUUUUUUUUUUCAAAUUCAACUCAGCGGUUCUGCCAUACUUCCGCGCAAACGCCACGUUCAGCUUCCCCCCACCAAAAAACCAUCCCGAUGUUUGUUUGUUUUUAGCUGCAGAUAAACUAUCAGCACGUUGAUUGUUGUUAUUCAUAUUUGCCAAAAAAAAAUGACAGACAGCCAGGAGAACACGGAUACCGAGGACGCGUCUCCGCCCGGGAGCCCGACCUUGCCGCUCCGGCCGCCCUGCGAUCGUCUGCCCUGCCACAAGAGCAGCGUGUGCUCCCGCUCCUACUUCGUGGUCGUGAUGGUGUUUUUUCACGUCUACAUCAUCAAUGUCAUUGCGCUGCUGUUUUACGUGCACUACAGCAGCGGGCAGGAGGACCCCAACCGGAACGGCGACGCUCCCGGCGGCGGCGGCGGCGGCGGCGACCAACACCAGCGCUCGGAGGCGCAGCGUCCGCCGCCAUCAAAGCCCGACUUUGUGCGGGAUGUUUCCCUGACGAGGAUCGAGGGGAUAAGGGUGGGACAUGUCCAGAAGGUGUCCCUGGUGCCAGGCAAAGUGCAUGAGAUGAGGACUUUGAGCCUGAAACCACUGCUGUUUGAGAUCCCUGGGUUUUUGUCCGAGGACGAGUGCCGCGUGGUGAUGCAGCUUGCUCAGCUGAAGGGUCUGAUGGAGAGUCAGCUGAUGGUCCAAGAAGGUCAAGAAGAGCUGGCCAAGGAGCUCGACCUGACCCCCGAGGAGAUCUUCAACCUUCUCGAUAUCAACCAGGACGGACAGCUGCAGCUUCAUGAGAUACUGACUCAUUCCCGAGUGAGGGACGGCAUCUGGCUCACUCCAGAGAUCCUGCGAGAGAUUUAUGACGGGCUCAAAGCUGAUAAGGAUGGUGACGGUUUGCUGAGCCUGGAGGAGUUCCGGCUUCUGAGCAGCGACGCCUUCCAGCGCUUCCUGCUGCAGCGGGGUGUGAAAAGGAGUCAGCUGGUCCGGAACAGCCGGCACACCUGGCUCUAUCAGGGCAAAGGGUCCCAUCAGGUCCUCCAGGAAAUCAAGAAGCGGGUGACUCGCCUCACUCGUCUGCCAUCCGCAAUAGUGGACCUGAGCGAGCCCCUUCAGGUGGUUCGAUACGAGGAGGGGGGCCACUACCACGCCCACCAUGACAGCGGGCCCGUCUACCCUGAAACGGCGUGCACACACACACGUCUUGCAGCAAACACCUCGACUCCUUUCGAGACUUCUUGCAGGUACAUCACAGUUCUCUUCUACCUGAACUCUGUUGAUGGGGGCGGGGAGACCGCAUUCCCCGUGGCAGACAACAGGACCUAUGACGAAGGGUCUCUGAUACAGGAUGAUGUGGAUCUGAUGGACACCAGAAGAAACUGUGGCAAGAGCAACCUCAGAGUGAAACCCACCAAAGGGAUGGCCGUUUUCUGGUACAACUACCUCUCCGAUGGAAGAGGCUGGGUAGGAGAGCAGGAUGAAUAUGCUCUGCAUGGCGGCUGUGUGGUCACCCGCGGCACUAAGUGGGUAGCCAAUAAAUGGAUCAAUGUUGAUCCAGAUUACCAGCGGCAGGCUCGCUACCAGCAGUUGGUCUCGCAGCUACCAGACGACGAGAACGACGAAGAGCUGACUUCAAAUGCAGACACACAGAAUCCCAGCAUCCAUCAAGACCUGUAGCUCCUACACCGAUACAUUCAUGGGUGAAGCAACAAAAACCUCCUCGUCUUCCUCAGUCCUGUGCACAGCAUUUUUUUUGGACCAGUUUGCAAAGUCGAGAUUUAUUCAGGGAAUGAGUUCACAGUGGGAAAUGGAGGCUUUUAUACAUCCAUUGGUUUAUUUUGUGUAUUGUUCUAUUUCUAUUUCCCACUCUAGGAGUGUUGCACUAGCGUCUGUCAAAGAGUUGUGAUUUUAACAAUUUUCAAAGUGUGUAGGAUUUAGUGACAUCUAGUGGCAAAGUUUCAAAGUGCAUGCUGUUGAAUUUUGCCCUUUCUGAAACUCAUCUUCCAGACCUGUCGGUCAUUGUCAGCAGCAGUCAAAAAAAAGAAAAAAAAAGUUUUAAAAAUACCGAUAGAGCCAGAGUUUGCCUGCUCCACUCUAUAAAUACUGUAGAAACCUGCAAAAAAGCGACUCAAACAAUCUUUGUGUGUAAACAUCCCAUUCUUCAACAAUAGGACAGUGUUUCUUAUUUUAAUGUAAUGUAUUGCCUUUCUGCCAGUAGAUUCCUCUAAAUGUUACACACGUGAACUUUAAAUGACACCUUUCUUUGCAUGCAUAACUGAAAAGGUUUUGCUGUUGCGACGAGCAAACAUUUGCACUAGAAUAUUGCGACAGCUGCCGUUACCAAAAGAAGCUCACACCUCUUGGUGUGAUGCAUGAUGCCUUGUCUUUGUCUCUUCAGUACGAUACUACUGUCUUCUUCUAGAAUGCACAAUGAAUGAAAAUGCACACGAUGUCCAGAGUUAAUUUUAUUUAUUUAUUAUACUGAAAAUGCACUCUGUCACUGUUACAGCACCAAAUAAAAUGUAAUGAAUCUC